AUGCGUAUCACAAGAUUAUCUCGUAUACCCCUGAUACCUUCUUCUUCCACUGAAGUGCAUCUCAAUUCUGCUUCUAUCCAUCCAAGUGAUAGCAUUUCGAGGAGGACCACUCAUAGACUUGUCAUUGUAUCUACAUGCCUUCUUCCCAUUUUCCUAUCUAUAGCUCUGGCACUCACUUUACUACCGCUUCUAUUGCCAAGUAUCAAAUCUCAGUCACUGAAUUUCUUUUCUAUCUCGCCAGUCGGGUAUGAAAGACUAAACUUCGGAAAUUCCUUGAAUAUCACUACGAAUGGAGCCACUACCAUUCCACCUGGAAAGAGGAGGGAUGAACAUGAUGAGAGCCGAAGAGUGGUAGAGGGCAUUGCGGAUAUUGUGGAAGGUGUGAAUACCACUAGUUGGAAAGGGGUUGAUGGACCUAGUAUAUUCGUAGGAGCCUUACAGAUAUGUUCCAAAACGAAUGCGAGUGAAGUGAUCAAUUGUACUUCAUCUUCCCAAGCUGUUGAUCAGGCUUCGUUAAUUCCGGAAAUACUGCGUUCCACCCUGCUGUCAUUGCCACUAUCUCCUUCCGUGCCUAUACUAUUAUUAGUAUCGGGAAUCCUCUCGCUCCUGGCUUUCGUUAUACUGGUAGCAGGUCUGGUACAGUGGCAGAUAUCCUACCCCUUUAUCUCCCUUCAUUCUCAACGUAGAGGAAUUAGAGAGGAUGUUCAAAAUUGGGCGAAAAGCCCAUACAGUUUCUCAGAAUCCACUGAUAAUCUAGUCAGCAGUAACAGUAAUAGCCACGAAAGAAAAACAUCGAUCGAAAGAGGAAGGCCACAUGUAGCAUUUUUUGGGUUGAUAUUCGCUGCAUUGGGUCUAUCACUUGGGGCGAUGAUUCAAUGGAAGGUCGUUUUUGACGCUUAUGCGGUGUGGAGACAAGAUGAAGCACAAAAAGUUGGGCUGGAAUUUAGAUUUGGUCUAUUGACCUGGUUACUUCCAAUCUUACCGAUUUGCCUCAUCUGCAUCCUUGUAAUAGCAGCUUCUGCGCCGAUCUAUACUUUUCUAAAAGAGACCUUUCAACAGUGUCCAGCUGAUCGUGGUUUCCUUCCCGAAGCAGAUGGACCGGUGGUCGGAGUAUCCCCACCAGAUGGUGGUGAGGUGGGUAAAGGAAGGGAAGAGACCCCUAUUAUCAAUCCUCCUCCUGCUCAUAUAUCCAUAUCAGAAAGAAGAUGA